GUGUGUGUCCUCCGCUGUGGGGUGAUGCUCUCGACAGCGGGCUUCGCGGGGUUCUCGCUCGUUACCUAGAAGCUGGCCUUUAGCUUGUUUUGCUAGAAUGGAGAGCGAGGUAGUGGAGCAGCUCGGAGUCCGCCAGGAGCCGCUCAGGAGCUCCCACCUCCCAGGCAAAGCGUCCCCCAAAUCCCCCAAAGCCGAGAACCACCCGACCUACAGGGAAGAACCCAAAGUGACGGCCAACGGGGUGCAUGACAUUGAGGACCGCAUUUUGCGAAUGACGGGCUAUUAUGGUUACUACCCUGGAUAUUCCAGCCACAGAAGAGAUGAAGGCUCAGACUCUCAUGCUGAGACUCCAGCCAGCGAGGCCAGCAGAGAGAGAAGCUCCUAUCAGAUGUGCGCCAGUGUAGUUCUGAAGGUGCUGGGCGGCUUGCUGGUGGUCCUGUGUGUGUCCUCAUCCUGGGUAGGAACUACUCAGGUGGUCCAGCGCACCUUUAAGUCCUUCUCCUGUCCUUUCUUCAUCUCCUGGUUCAGUACCAACUGGAACAUCCUCUUCUUUCCUCUCUACUACUCCGGCCAUGUGGCCAUCACCAGGGAGAAGCAGACGCCCAUUCAGAAAUUCAGGGAGUGCAGUCGACUGUUUGGGGAAGAAGGGAUGACUCUGAAGCUGUUUCUGAAGAGGACAGCACCUUUCUCCAUUUUAUGGACGUUGACUAACUAUCUGUACCUGCUGGCAUUGAGGAAACUCACAGCCACAGAUGUUUCAGCACUCUACUGCUGCCACAAGGCUUUUGUCUUCCUCCUGUCCUGGAUCGUCCUCAAAGAUCGCUUCAUGGGUGUGCGGAUUGUAGCUGCCAUUAUGGCCAUCACAGGCAUCGUCAUGAUGGCCUAUGCUGAUGGUUUUCAUGGAGACUCCAUCAUAGGUGUGGCUUUAGCAGUAGGCUCUGCCUCCACCUCUGCACUCUACAAGGUGCUGUUUAAGAUGUUCCUGGGCAGUGCCAACCUAGGAGAGGUUGCCCACUUCUUCUCCACCAUGGGCUUCUUCAACCUGAUUUUCAUCUCCUGCGUACCCCUCAUCCUCUACUUUACUAAAGUGGAGCACUGGGGUUCCCUCUCCUCUCUGCCUUGGGGCUAUUUAUGCGGAGUGGCCGGCCUGUGGCUUGUGUUCAACAUUCUGGUGAAUGUAGGUGUGGUUCUCACCUACCCAAUCCUCAUAUCUAUUGGGACCUUACUCAGCGUUCCAGGCAAUGCAGCUAUUGAUGUGCUGAAACAUGAGGUAAUUUUUAGUGUGGUGCGUCUGGCUGCUACCUGCAUCAUCUGCGUGGGCUUCCUGCUCUUGCUGCUGCCUGAAGAGUGGGAUACGGUCACUUUACGCUUCCUGGCCGCCCUUGCUGACAAGAAGUCUGAAGAGCAUGGAGAGGAACUCACAGAGUCCAGCAUCCACACGCGCAGCCGAAGCAGGGCCAAUGGAGCCGUGUCCAUCCCCAUGGCAUGACCUUCAACCUCCACACCAUCUCUGACCUGGAGAUGACACACUAGAGCUGAAGAAGCGCCAUGAAAGCCGUGUCUGGGUCAUGGCUACUUUUAGGAUGUUCCGGAGGUGUUUGGUGGAUGAGUGAAGAAUCGUGGAGAAAUUCAGUGGAUAUUAAACAGAGCUGUGGGAUCGCUGACUCGCUGUAACAACAGCCACAACACCAACUGUGAGAAAAUCGGUGCGAAAUAGAGAUCCAUGCUGUUACUUCUCUGACAUUUAAGUGAAACAACACUGGGGCAUUUUUCAGGCUGGACUGAGAAAAAAAAUCUCCCUUUCAUAACAGAAAGAUUUUUAUUUGCAGUAUUUAUUUUUCAGCUGAUAUUUCAUAUUUGCAAUUUCUGUGGGGAGAAAGACUUUCAUGAUUAAUACAAGCAAAUAGCCUUUCCUUUUGCACGCCCCUAAUCCUCACCCUGCCCUUCAUGUUGCCUGUUGAACCCUAAAGCCCCCACAUGGACUGUAUUCUGUGAAUAUAGACUCAAUCAGGGCCAAUUUGGCUCACUGUAAAAUGAAUGCAUUCA